ACACUCUUCUAUAUAUUCCAUCCCAACAUCCCCAGACAUUCCAUUCCACAAAAACAUCAAUCACCAAAGUUUAAUUUCUUCGUGCUCGUUUCCUUUGUUAUUACGUCAACCAUGUCUGCAAUUCCUCCUUCAGUUUCACAAAACUCUUCGAAUUUCCAUGAUUUCUUUCCCGUGAUGGCCAAAAAGAUCGGAGGUGAUGGUCUGAUAGGGGAGCUCUGCAAUGGGUUCAACCUGUUGAUGGACAGUGAGAAAAGGGUCAUCACUUUUGAUAGCUUGAAGAAGAAUUCGGCGCUUUUGGGGUUACAUGACUUGACGGAUGAUGAUUUGAGGUCAAUGAUGAAAGAAGGUGAUUUCGAUGGCGAUGGUGCGCUUAACCAGAUGGAGUUUUGUGUGUUGAUGUUCAGGUUGAGCCCUGAGUUGAUGGAAGCAUCUCGGUUUUUGUUAGAGGAGGCUUUCCAACAUGAAUUUAAAGAUUUUCAUUGAUACUUUUUAGUUUCUUGUUUCAUUCUAUAUUUGUCUUUCUAAUGAAAUUAUUAAAUAUACAGACAGAAUAGAGAAAAAAUAAAAAAAUUAUGAAGAUUUUACA